AUGGCAUUAUUAUUUCAUAACGCCGCUUUCUUUUGUUUUGAGACCACGCGGACCUUAUUUUCUGAACAUCCUAAUAUCUAUCUAUCUAUCUAUCUAUCUAUCUAUCUAUCUAUCAUAGUUUGUUCAAUAUCUAUGUAUUUAUUUAUUCGUCAUUCAAGUUAUCUAUCUAUCUAUCUAUCUAUCUAUCUAUCUAUCUAUCUAUCUAUCAGAUAUAUAUAUAUUUUUAUUUUCUUACGACAAAAGCGCCAUGAAGACAUGUCUAUUUUUCCUUUGAUAUUAGUUCUUGAUGUAUUUGCUUUGGUUUGCCAUGAUGAGAUCAACUGUUAUUUGUUUCGGAUUUUCUCUGUCGGCUUAUAUGAUCAUUUAAUUCUCCUUUCUUAUCUCGCCUUUUUUCCUAUUUUUCUCCUUUUCUUCUUUACUCUUCUUUUAUUAUUUCUUCCACCUUUUAAUUCCCUCUUCCUUCCUUUCUUUCUUUCUUUCUUUCUUUCUUUCGUUGUUUGUUUGCUUGUUUCUUUGUUUCUUUCUUUCUUAUUUGUUUCUAAUCUUCUUUUCCUUUCUUGUUUCAUCUUUGCUUUUUAUUUCUUCUUUCUUAUUUCUUCUGCUUUUCUUAUUUUCUCUUGCUUUCUAUUUUCCAUUUCAUUUCUUGUUCUCAUUUCAUUUAUUGUUUCAUAA